GUGUUUCUUUUGGAGAACGUGUUUCUGAACGACCGGGGUGCUGUGUUCGACGCAACCUAUUACUACCGCCACGGGCUCUUCUGCAGGUCCUGUCCUCUCGACACGGGCAUGUACACAGGAGGCACCACCACGGUCUACGUGUUUGACCGCCUCGUGUCCCUCGCCUACUGGAACGGGCCCAACUUCUAUCACACCAUGCUCGAAGUCAUGCCCUCGCUGCUCUUCCUCCGCCCUUUCCUCCUUGACGCCAACAGCACUACCACCUCCUCCUCUUCAUCCUCCUCCUCCUCCUCUGCCUCUGCUGCUGAUCAGCCCGGUACCUUCUCGCCUAUCCCCGUCGUCGUGAGGCAGCUUCAAGAGCUCUACACACACCUCUUUGCGCUCGUCGACGUGCCCGAAUCUUCUCUGAACAUUCACAUCAUACCAGACGACACGCUCUACUUUGUGAGGAGGCUGUACCUCCCAGCACAGGCUCACUAUUUCGAGGCAACCUCCCAGUCCUUGACGCCAAGCGUCUGUUCAACCGUGCUCGCCUCUUCAUCUCACCUCAUGGUGCUCUCAUGA